AUGGCUGCAGCAGAAAUCCCCAGUUAUAUUGUUUCUUCUCAGACUGAAAAGCACAGGAGGGCCAGGAAUUGGACUGAUGCAGAAAUGAGAGGCUUAAUGCUGGUUUGGGAAGAAUUUUUUGAUGAGCUGAAACAAACUAAAAGGAAUGCCAAAGUUUAUGAGAAAAUGGCAAACAAACUAUUUGAAAUGACUGGAGAAAUUCGUCAUGGAGAAGAAAUAAAGAUAAAAAUUACUAACAUGACAUUCCAGUACAGGAAAUUAAAAUGCAUGACUGAUAGUGAAACCCUUGCACCCGAUUGGCCUUAUUUCAAAACCAUUGACAGAAUACUGUCUAAAGUGUCAGAGCACAAUGAUGUGAAAAUGCAUGACAGUCAGCAACCAGGCCCUUCAACAUCACAGACUGAGGCCUCACAGUCACCAUCUGCCAAGUCUACACCUCUCUAUUUGCCAUAUAAUCAGUUCACAUAUGAAGGGAGAGAAGAGUUUUUUGAAGAUGAGCAUUCUGACAGCUCCUCCAGUUUACUUUCGUAUAAAUUAAGAACUGAAGAGAGACCUGUAAAGAAAAGAAAAAUGCAAAACUGUAACUUUCAAAAGAAGAAACUAAAAUUAAUGGAAGCAAUGCUGGAAGAACAAAAGAAGCUGAGCAGAGCUAUGGAAGAAACAUGUAGGGAGGUGCGAAGGAUCCUGGAUCAGCAGAACAUCAUCCAAGUUCAGAGUCUGCAACUGCAAGAGAGAAUGAUGAAUCUAUUGGAGAAAAUGAUAUCUAAAAGCAAUGUUUAA